AUGCACCUCAUGUACUACCUUGGUGACGACGGCAAGCGCGUCUACACACUCAAAAAAGAAGGACCAAGUGGAGCUCCGACAUGCUCUGCACACCCGGCGCGCUUUUCUCCAGACGACAAGUUUUCAAAAGAGCGCAUCAUCACUAAAAAGCGUUUUGGUCUGCUGCCUACUCAAUCGCCAGAUCCGAUAUUUCAGUAG